AUGCUACGACAUUGGUCUAAGAUCUUGGCCAGAAGGUACUCCAGCUACCCUUCCAAUACUGGAAAUGUCAAGUCCAAGACAAUAGCCGAUCUGUAUGCCAAAUAUAACGCUCAACAGCCAAUAACGAUGGUCACUGCGUACGACUUCGUCACUGCUAGCUGGGCUCAAAACGCUGGAUGUGAUGCUGUUCUGGUAGGUGAUUCAUUGGCCACAAGUGCAUUGGGCUAUGAUUCGACGAAUCAGAUAGGACUGGACGAGUUUCGGUACCACGUUCAAGCAGUUUGUAGAGCACCCGGACCGGCGUUCGUACUCGUGGACAUGCCGUUUGGAAGCUUCGAAUCCAGCAUCCAGCAGGGCAUUGAGACGGCAAUUGGGUUCAUGAAAAGCUCAGUACGCGUGGGAGCAGUCAAAAUUGAGGUUGGAAGUCCCGUUGGAGCAUCCCAGAAAGAUGACUAUUCUUUGCAACUGGCUGCGGAACUUUGUUCUCGAGGAAUUCCAGUUAUUGGCCAUAUAGGAUUAACACCUCAGCGUGCACAUUCAUUGAGUGGCUUCAAAGUGCAGGGCAGCAAAUCGGCCAAAGAGGCUGUUGCAAUCUAUCAUACAGCCCAGCAAUUGCAAAACAUCGGCUGUUUUUCUGUUCUUCUGGAAUGCGUCCCGCAUAAGGUUUCGUCGUAUAUUACUCAGAAACUGAGCGUGCCAACAAUCGGCAUUGGCGCGGGUCUUGGUGUGAGUGGACAAGUCUUGGUACAGUCCGAUAUCUUGGGGAUGACGCCGCAGGCAGUGCCAAAACUCGCUCACAAGUACGGAGAUCUGAAUUCUGAGAGUAUCAGCUCAAUUAAGCAUUACGUGGACGACGUUACCAACCAUCAAUUCCCUGACAACAGCAGAAACGGCUUCAAGAUCAAGGACGAGAUAUGGGCAGAGUUCCUUGAGCGUGUCAACGCAGUCCCCAUGAAAUAA